GCAAAGGGGAGUUUCCAAAGUCAUCAAGUCCAUCCAACUUUGCCAUUUUCGGCCAGAGACCACUGAAAAUGACUCCCAAGAAGACUGCCGCUCCCUUCCUAUGGUUCUCUUUUUGCUUUGGGAAUGUUCUUGAGGCAGUGGUGCUGGGAUCGGUUCAGUACCCCGAUAACGGGCUCCACUCACAUCUGGAUGCGCGCGGUCCUGCAGAAGCCAGCGCGAGCUCACGGAACGGCUCCACAUCUGUUCAUGUUCCAUCUUACAUGAUCUCUCUGUACAGGACUCUAUCGGAACUGGACCGACGCGCAAGCAACGGCAGCCAGACGCGCUCCAGGAGAUAUGCCAAUACAGUGACCAGCUUCAUGGACCUGGGACCAGAGGAGCCUUCCCUAAAGUUCCACCAGCAGUACACAUUCGACGUGUCUGGUCUCUCACGACUAGAUGAACUGAUGGAGGUGGAGCUGCGGGUACCGAGGAGGCCAUCGCCUGAUGUUUUCAGUUUACUCUCCAGCGGUGGAAACCUGUACCGAAUACUCCUUCACACCUGCUCCCUCCCGGGAUCCUCUAACCAACCUCUGCUCCUCACCUCCAGGACCAUUGAUCUUCUAGAUACCGCUUCGGCCACUUGGGAUGUGUUUGAUGUUGGUGCAAGUGUGAAGACCCACCUCAAGUUGUUCAGGACCGUGGAAGGCAGCAGGCCAUUGUGCUUCAGUAUAUCAGCCAUUUCUGAUUCAAAUAAUGAGGUUGUGCAUCCCGGCAUGCUGGGUCUGAGCCACGAGGAUCAGCAGACCCAUGAAAGGGCUUUACUGGUGACCUUUACUCGAGCUCGGAAGAAGGAGAACCUCUUUAGGGAGAUCCGUGAGAAGAUAAAAGCCAUUAAAAGUGAUACAUUUCCUAAUCCUGCUCCGGAGCAUGGUAUUAAAGGUCACCCAAGACAUCGGCGGAGGAGGCGGACUGCACUAGCAGGUCGUUCUGGUUUAGGACCCGUUACAGGGAGUGCCGGUGGAGGAAAGGGUGGCGGCAGGCGGAGAACACGUUGCAGCCGGAAGCCGCUUCAUGUGAACUUUAAAGAAUUGGGUUGGGACGACUGGAUUAUUGCACCACUAGAUUACGAAGCUUAUCACUGUGAGGGUUUGUGUGACUUCCCUUUACGGUCACACCUGGAACCGACCAACCAUGCCAUCAUCCAGACUCUCAUGAACUCCAUGGACCCAGAGUCCACCCCUCCCAGUUGUUGCGUUCCUACUAAGCUCAGUCCCAUCAGCAUCCUGUACAUUGACUCUGGGAAUAACGUAGUUUAUAAACAGUACGAGGACAUGGUGGUGGAGAGUUGUGGGUGCAGGUAGCAAUGUGAGUGAGGGGUGACCUACCCCUGGACAUUAUCCGAAAGCUGCUGCUGCUGCCUCACACGCAGAGGCCAAGUGCAGCAUUGUGGGCAAGCUGAAGUAGUCAGAGCUGGUGAGAUGGACAGUGUGUAAGUGUGUGACAGUGAACAUGUGUGUAUGUUCAAACGGAGAUAAGACAUUGAGUUGUGUUUUAGAAGUGAGCGGAGGACAUGUGUGCCGAACAGCUCCAAAUUCCCUUACAAAACCAAAUAAACAACUCCUCAACAGAAAAAGAGUGAAAACGUAGGCUUUCCAGAAAUUAUUUUACAUCCUCAUAUAAUAUAAACUUAAUGAUAGAGUGUUGAAGUAUCCUUGCAGCAGUGGUAGAAAUGUUGGCUCCGUUAAGACUCUGUCAGAGUCUGAGAAUCUGUCAGCGGUAGCACGCAACUAUAACGUGUAUAACAGCUAAAGGUGCUUUGCAUGACAGUCAGCUUAUAUUCAAGAUGAAAUAGCUCUGAAGAAUUUGAUAGUGCCUCUGAAAAUGUUUCUCUGUGGAGUCAGGUGGCCUUAAUUAAAUAUGGCAUUGACUGAGUGAAAGUUAACAUUUACUGAGUGAAAGUUUGACUCCUUUUUAAAUCGAAGGGGUCAAAGUUCAGCUGGUUAGCAUGGCCUCAUUAGCUCAUUAGAUGUUUUAACUACACCGUGUGGUUGCAAAAACAUCUUUAUUAACUGACAUCCAUUCAAGAUAGCUGUAUUAUAUUUAAACCACAUCUUUAGGUGUUUUUCCAGUACACAAAGCUUUCUUAAACGUAUCAAAAUUGACAUUUUCACCCUAUCUUUUGUCAGGAUACUCAGGGAACUCAGGAUAUUCACAUUCAAAGGGUUGGGGGCUGUGCAUGUGCGGUGUCAUCAGCCAAUCAGCAUUGUCAUGACAUAAUUUUCCUUCAGAUUUAGAGUAAUUAGUCAUAUGCCAUUUAUGGCUCAAGUAAUUGGCUUGAAAAAAGAAGCUGCAUGAGUUCUCAUGACCAAAAAUGAAUUGCAUACUUCCGAGAGUGCUGUGUCAUACUGAUAGCUUAAUAUAGGAGCCUGAUGAUUUUUUUUUUUAAACCAGGCUUCUUUUUUUCUCAGCACUAGCUUGCAUAAAAAAAGAAUAAACCAUAAAAUGGUUUAUUUAUAUCAUUUCAUAGUCUUAAAAUAACACACUCAAUGCUAAACCUAAAAUUAAGCCGUUUAAUGAGCUGGAUUUGGCUUUGGUCGGACGAUAGAGCUGCAGUAUAGUACAUGAUGUGUGCAAUAUGUGCAAGAUAAAUGACUUCAUUGCAUUGAGCGACCUCAGACCUUACUUUGUGAAAGGAGUUGUGGAGCCAAAUUUAAAAAUGAUUGUUUUGUUUUAUUCUGACACCAGAUUUGGCUGUUUGAAGUCUUAAGUGUUCACCCACAUUUACUGAAAGAGAUUGUUUACUUGAGCUGAUAAUUAGAUUAGAUUACAUUCAUUUUAUGCUUUAAUGCCAUGCCUUAUUAUGGAUUUUUCAUACAAAUCAACAGUGUUUAUUUCUAGUUUAUUUCUGAAUGACAGCCACAAGUUAAAAAAGUGCCUUACAAAAACAAAAAGGGACUUAAUUUAUGCCCAGUUUUUAGGCUUUAAAAGGUUAGUUCACCCAAAAUUUUAAAUUCAUGUCAUUCCAGAACUGUAGUUUUUUUACUGUGGAGCAUAAAAUAUGUUUUGAGGAAUGUUGCAUGGACAAAAAAACACAGUUUUUGAAAGUUUGGUGAAUUAUCUCCUUAAAUUCGUGUUAGUUUGUGUGAAAGUUUUACACAGAACUUCUUCUGAAUGACAUCAAGCCAUAAGAACAAAAUGAAAAUAAGCUUCUAGCGUUCAUUAAUCUCAGUGUCAGGGCAGAAAUAUUUGCCUGCUUACUGUUUAUAUAACAUCAACUGUUUCCACUAUGAAGAAAUACAAAGCAGAUUUUUCAAUUCAUAACAGCAAUUGUUUUUCAUUUUUUGCGACAUUUCUCCAUGGUAAUUCCCCUUAAUUAAUGUUGGUGUCAUUGUAUGGGAAUGAUAAUCAGUCACAUGGUCCACGGUGGCAGUAUGAAAGUUACAUUCCUAAAUCAACAGACCACAGAAAAAUUAGUGAGAGCAUCUGUGCAGUUCAGAAUAAUAUAAUGGCACGAA